CCCAGCGAUCCCGAGUGCGGCGAUAGGACAUUGAAACAACUUAAAUUCCUGUUGAUAGAGGAUUGGAUCAAGAAGAUGUGGUAUAUCCAAGUAAUGGAAGUUAUUCAACUAUAAGAAAAGAUGAAUGUCAUUUAUAGCGAUGAGGGAAUGAUGUGUAGUAAAAUAACUCAUAAUGACAAAGGUUUAUAUAUGUGAAUAUGUCUGUUAGCAAAUCAUCUGUGAUUGGUGGAUUUGGAGCAAUAUCUUCCUCUUAUGAAAAACUCUUGAGAUUAAAUUUUCAAAAUACAAGGAAACUGCGAAGUAAUAAAUCAUGGCCAUCAGUUGUAAUCACCAGAGAGUUCAUCUUGAGAUUCAAUGAAACCAAGAAUCCGAAAGAGGAGGAAGAAAUGUUGGACAUAGCUAGAAAAAACAUACUGAGAUGUAAGCGAAAAUUGGGUCUCAAAACCUUGGGUUCUGGGAAGCACGUGCAUCUUCCCACUGCAUGGACUUCAGUGAUAUACCUGGCUCAGUGCAAAGGAGAAAUCCAAGAUGAAGCCUUGAAUAUACUUUAUGCUUCACUGGACCAUGCUUCCUUUGAUAAAGACCAUCUCCCUGUGUUAUUUUUUGUUGCGGAAUCAGUUUUAUAUAGACUAUGUUGUGAUGCAUUCCUAAAGACAUACUUAUAUUCAGUUGAGCUGAAGCUGACAAAGAUUGCCUAUUUGGUCUUCUUACGACUUUAUAUAUUUUUCCUGCAUGGUCAUCUAGAAAAUUUUCAACAACAUUUACUUAGGCUUCAACCAUAUUUUUAUGCACUUUCUUCCUCUGGAAAGUCAUAUAACAAGUAUCCAAACAUUUUUUCAAAUGUGCAAUUCAUUCUAAAUAUCAUGGAAAUCAUAUAUAAAGGAGAAUUGUCCGAGUCAAUUUUUAACCCUUUGAAAAAUGAGAAAAGACAUGGUAACAUAAAUUCUAAUAUGGAGCAGUUACAGUUUAAUCAGAGAGGAUAUGAAGUUAGCAACCUUCUCUGGCACUGUGUGGCUGCCUGGUCUUGUGUUCAGAAGAACAGCACUCAGUUGAAUAAGGUGCUUGAACAUCUCAUCUUUUAUAAAACAGAGCUUCAAAACAGAUGUUGGCUGGACUCAGCACUGGCUUUGUUGGUCCUUGGGGAAGCUGCCAAAUUAAGCAUGGCCUGCUUGAAAGCUUUAAUGGAUUUAAUGAGAGAUUUUCUUUCCAAUAUUUUGUCUGCUCAGAAUCAGGGAGAAAGUUGCAAGGCAGAUGACUUUUCCUGGGUGUGGAAUAUAGUCUACAUAUAUACAACAAUUCUAGCAGAAACCUGCUUGUAUGCAGCCACAUCUAAUUUACGAAAAACUGCUUUAAUUGGUUUCUGUGACUGUAAAAGUUCACAGAAAAAUAUAUUUCUCAUGGACAAAUCAGAAGUACAGCCAGAAUUAAGGGAAACAAGUAUUUUAGGUCUUUUGGAUUAUUUCUCUUCAAAAAUGUCAGAUAAUUGUGAUCAAGUGAUAUGGACUGGAUACUAUGGCUUAGUAUAUAACAUGACAAAAAUGUUAUGGGAACUUAAGGGAGAUGAAGAACAGGAUGGACUUAGAAAUAAAAUAUGGCAAACAUUUCAAAAAAUAAAGAAUAAUGAUAAAGAUGGGGUAAUCCAAAGUGCAAUAAAUAUAGCUCAGGCUGAAAUAAAUAACCCAACUGAUCCUUUUACUAGCUGUAGUACAAAAGUUUCAUCAAAUGAAGGGGAUGAAGUUUUCUUCAAAUACAUAGGAUGGAGAGUUGCCAAUGCACUUUCCAAACUGUUCUUCCCCUUCACUGAUGCUCAUGUUCCUUCCAUGAAAAAAACUUUGAUAAAGCAAGAUCAAAUUAGACAUCUAAAUAAAAAGUUGGACUUGACAAAGAAGAGAGUUCUACAUUUCACUGUAAGGUGUUGUCCCCAUAGUACUCCCGCCACCAAAGGACCAGUGAUCCAUCACUACAGUCUCUUGUGCUCUUCCUCCCCUGAUCUGACUGCUCUACCUUCUUCUCCUCUGCUGGAACAUCCUUCUUUAUCAGAACUCCCCUUGUGUUCAUAUCCAGAUUUCUUCACCAGGACUAAUGAAGAGUUGAGAAGAGUCAUUAACCAUCAUUGGCAGAAAGAACUGGAGAUCCAAAAGAAAUUAGAUGAACUGCAUGAAGCAAAAGAAUGUGAAGAUAAAGAGUUAGAAAAAAAAAAUCACUUCAGAGAAAUUAUGAAGAGAAGAGAAGAGAAACUACACAAACAAACCAAACCCUAUGAGCUUCCUCCAAGGACUGAAGUAAUUUCAUCAGAAAAGAAAUUGACCCUCCCCAAUUAGGUCCAUGUGUCAGAAAUCUGUUGCAUUUAAGAGACCAAGACAGCUGUAUGUUAGGAAAAAUUUCUUCUGUUAAGAGUUGUUAACCUGAUGUAGGCUCCUUAACAGUAAUGUUUUAGUUCUAAACUAACAGCUAUUAACCACAUUUGAGUGAAGCAAUUUUACCAGCUAAACAUUUUCAAGAAUACAUCUAGAGCCUUUUCCAAUUGACUCUUGUCUUCUGAUGACAGAUACUUAAUGAUUCUCAAAGUAUUGAUAUUUAUUGGAAAGUUAAAUGGAAAUCAAUUGCAAGUUAUUGAGUUAUAUACAAAAAUUACUUCUUGAAAUGGAAUGAACAUCAACUGAUACUCCAAUAACAAUUAUACAAAUAAAAUAAGUAAGACACUUUCAUAGUCAAUUUAUACCAAAACAAACCAUAUGCCAGAAGCUUGAAUUUGAUAAAUUACUGUGUAUUAAACAUUUUUGGAUGGGCCAGACAUUUCAAAACAACUUCAUCUUUAACAGCCACCAGGGGAGGCUCCUGAUGGACAGUGGUUUUACUUUG